AAACAAUGCAAGAAAUGGUUAGUCAUUUCUGGUCGUACCGCUCCGCUCAGGCCGCAACUCUUCUGUUCAGUAUUCCGUGUGCAGUGAACUACCAAUGAGUUUUAAGUUGAAUGCCCUUGCGCUCGCUAGGAAGUAGUACCCAAGGCUAAGAUCAAAUAAGAAAAAACGGAUUAUGAAGUGAAUUAAUAUAAUAUCCUUCCCGAAUCUGAAAAAUUUCUCCCAAGAAAUUAUCUCAAGAUGGACUGCUUUUGUGCUGACCGCACGCCUGUGCACUGUAAAAUAGUAUUCCUAGACGAAACCGAACUCGUACACGAAUUACAACGAACUAGCACCGGACAAGUUUUACUCGACAUGGUCUUCAAGCACCUAAAUCUUCUUGAAACUGCUUAUUUCGGAUUGAGAUUUCUUGACCACAACGGUCAAACCCACUGGUUGGAUCCAGCAAAAAAAUUAAAUAAGCAAAUUAAAGGAGACGAUCUGUAUACUUUAUAUUUUGGUGUGAAGUUCUAUGCAGCUGAUCCUUGUAAGCUUCUAGAAGAAAUAACGCGAUAUCAGUUUUUUUUGCAAAUCAAGCAAGAUAUUCUUCAAGGUAGAUUGCUGGUACCCUUUGAGCUAGCGGCUGAAUUGGGUGCUUUCAUCCUUCAGUCAGAAUUGGGAGAUUACGAUCCAAGAAGACAUGCUUAUGGCUAUGUAUCGGAAUUCCGUUUCUUUCCCAACCAGAGUGUAGAGCUAGAAAUGCGCAUGACGGAACUUCACCAAACUUUAACUGGACAAAUGCCUAGUCAAGCCGAAUUAAAUUAUUUGGACAAAGUGAAGUGGUUGGAAAUGUACGGUGUGGAUUUACAUCCAGUCUUAGGUGAAGAUCAUGUUGAAUAUUUUCUUGGAUUAACGCCCAGUGGCAUCAUAGUGUUACGAAAUAAAAACACAGUGGGGAAUUACUAUUGGCCUCGAAUUACCAAAAUUUACUUUAAAGGCCGCUAUUUUAUGUUAAGAGUAGCCGGAAAAAACAAUGACGAAUGUACUUAUGGAUUUGAAACACCAUCAAAGUGCGCUUGCAAGCAUUUAUGGAAAUGCUGCGUCGAACAUCACGCUUUCUUCAGAUUGGUGCAGGUCACUCCAGCAACGCCUGAUAUAUUUGCCUUGGGAUCUAGAUUCAGAUAUAGUGGACGAACUGAAAAGCAAGCAGUUCAUGACGUCCAGCUGAGACUUCGACAGCCACCAGCAUUCUCCCGAAACCCUUCCAAAAAAUACCAAAGACGACUGAACAUUGGCAACACUGAAGCCCAGCAACCGACUGAACCGAUUAUUCAAGCGCCCCAAUACCAAAAUCAAGAAGUAAAAUUCAUAUCCUUACCACUUCCUGCGGAUAACUUUGAAAGUUCCUGUAAUACUAAUACACUUAAAAGUAACGCUGGCAGCAAAAAGUUCGAUUCUCCAAGGAGUACUAGGAGUGCACCAUGGUCUCAGCCACAUUCCAAAGGAUUAUAUAACAAUUCAGUUCCUCCUAGUCCUAGAUCUGUGAGGUCGGGUAGUAGAUAUAGAUCUUCAUCUCUAGAUAGCCAAAGUUCAAACGAUUCUAGAUCCUGUCGAAGGAGAAGGCACAAAAGCAGAACUUCAGAUAAUGAGAGUGAAUUAUCAAAGAGCUCAAAUAGAUCUAGGAGGAAGCAUCGAAAGCGAAGAUCAAAAUCUAGAAGAGAUUCUGAAUCAGAACAGGAUUCAAGAACAAGAGAACGAAGACGAAGUAAAUCAAAACCAGAUAAAUAUUAUGAGCUGGUUGACUCAGAAGCACAAUGGCAAAAAGCUCAACUAAAGAACAGAGAUAGUAAUUCUAACACAAUUCAACAAGCCACUGUGGUUAGCAAUGCUAAUAAAGGACAUGAAAAAUCACAUCAUAAGCAAGCAUCAUCUGAUUAUAGCACUAAUAGUCGACAAAGCAAACACAGAAAGCACAGGUCGAGAUCGCCUGGGGAUUCAAAAUGGCUUCCUGAUGAGCUUAAAAAACACCUCGAAUUUGAUUUGGUGGAUACAUCGGGCAUGAGUGACUUGCAAUUGAAAGAAAUACCGUAUACCAUUGUUAAAACAAAUUAUUCAAAACAUGUUAAACUGAAAAAGCCUCCAGAAAUGAAAAAAGAACAUUUUAAUCCUAGCAGACCAAAAUCUUAUCAGUUGGGUCCUGGUCCACUGUACAACACCAAAGCACUUAUGGAUGAAGCUCUCACUAAUUUUUCUUAUCCAGAUUCAAUAGAAGGCCCUCAGUACUAUGAUGGUACCCAAUCAACCCUUUCAACAUAUUCCACUAAUUUCAACAACCCUAUUUUGGAUAAUUUCCCAAAUUUUCAUAGAACUCAGCAUGAACAUUCUGAUUCUGGUUUAGGAGUUUAACGAUAAAAUACAUGAAAGAACUGUUGAUGUGAUUUUUUGAAGUGAUUAGUCUACCAAAACUAAUAAAAUUAUUAUUCUCAUUUCUCAAUAAUAUAUUUCAGGUUGUAAGAAAGGUACCUACCUACUUACUUGAAACUAGUAGGAAUUAUUAUUUAUAACUAUAUUUUCUUUAUACAUAUACCACUCAUAAUUUUAAACUAAUAAGUUAAUUUCUGUGCAACAUUGUAAGUAACAUAAAAU